AUGUCGAUUGAACUUGAAUACUUCCUCUGCAAGAACCGCAAGGACAGCAAAUGCUGUCGAAGGGAGCAUCGCUGCAAUAAUGAGCCAGUCAUCUAA